CGUCAGACUGCACCGAGCUCAUCGCUGCUCCACACUCACAGUUCACAUCGUUCACAUCGCAGAUACAAAGAUGGACGAGUUGGACGAGACUCAGCUGAAGGACAUGGUGGAAAGUCUGAAACAGCAGCUGGACUUCCCGCGAGAGAAAACGUCUGCGUCGAUCCCCGAGCUGGUGAAAUGGACCGAAGGUAAAAUGCCUGAAGAUCCGUUUCUGAAUGCUGAGCUGCUGAAGGCCAACCCGUGGGUGGAGUCUGGAAAAUGUGUGGUUCUCUAGCAGAAGCUGGAACCUUCUAGAAAUGUGUUUUGUUGUGGUGACCUUCAGCAAAACUAACUCAUGUAACAUGAGUAUUUGUAUCAUUCGUCUUUCUGUAAAGAAAACUGUGUAGAAAUGAAACGACCAGAAGAAUAAAUGUUCAAAAUUUUAUUUCUUUCUUUAUUAAUAAGCACGUUAUGCAGAGUUUGUGCUCAGAGCAGCUCUCUGAUGUAGACGUUUCUGCGCACUGCAUUAGAAACUCCUUCAUUAAAGCGGAACCAGACGUCACUGUUACCUACAGCUUUACCGAUCUGACAGCUGAUGCUCGGCUUCCCGUCUCCAUCUAAACACAUAAGAACAGGCAUUAAAGUGAGGAACCGCAGCACAGACGACAGCAGCACUGCUCUUUAACAAAACACACACACACACACACACACACACACACACACACACACACCUGUAGCUGUGGUAGCAGACACCUUCUCUUUAGGUACGACAGCUCGUCCGAAAAAAUCUGUUUCAGGCUGUUCAACAAAAAAGUGUCAUCGUGGAGAAAAUUUUAACAAGUCAACAUUUUAUGUUUGUAAAAUGUAAACAAAACAUUUUGUGGAAAUUAUAUUUAUGAAAAUAUUAGAAUCUAAAGAAUAAAAGACUUGAUGUUGUGAACUCUG